AUGUUUCGAGGACAGCGGGGUUGGUUCUGCCGCAGCGUCAGCCGGGACCAGAGGCAAUUCUGGGUGGCCGAAGGGGGGACGAUCAGUGACGUGAGGGCCGCAGACUUCCUGUUCAGCUGUGACGCUUCCCACCCAGACACGCUGAGAAUAUAUCAGAGCCUUGAUUACACAGACGACAAUGCUACAGUUUUUCAUGCCUACUAUCUUUCUGCAGUAGCUAACGCUGAAGUUAAAAAUUCUGUGGUUUUAGGUCAUUUUCUUCUUCCUCCUGCAUGCGUGCAAGAAGAAAUAAGAAGAAAAAUUGGUAGCUUUAUUUGGGAACAAGACCAACAUUUUCUGACAGAAAAG